AUGGCGCUACACGGCUCCGCGCCGAUAUCCAGCAGCCUCUACUUGACCAAGCGUGCGAGACUCUCCGACGCUCUGGUAAAGGAUAGGGGUUUCAGUGAACAGGGUGGAGUGGCAAAUGAUGUGACUGAUCUCAGCCACCCAUCAAAUCGCAUCCAAGCAAAGUCUGGAGUGACAACUUCGAAUGAGCAUGAGGUACAUCGCGGACUCGUCGAAUUGGCUAGACGCAGGCUUAAAUUGGCGUCGCUAGAUAUACAUUCAGAUGAUUCGAGAACAUCCAUCUGCGACGGACUAUCAGAAGGGAUCAAGUUCCUUUCACAGCAGCGAUGUCUAGGCGACGUUUCGGCUCGAAUGGACUUUGGAUAUCCUGUGAUGAGUAUGCCACCGAAGAGCUCGCCUCUGGUCGGGCGUGUUAAUGACAUUGCUGCCAUGGUAAAUCCGGAUGGAUCUCCCAGAGGAAAGGGCACACUCUCCAAGCGCGUUGCCGUGGGGGCAGAUUAUGUAGAGACCGUGGUAGGGCCGCUGAGUGCCAACGAGGUGGCACAUAUAUUGUUGCUGGCGCAAAAGCUCAAAGAAACGAACCAAAUUGAUGACACGCUGGAACGGAACAUAGAGAUGUCCGCUAACAUGUGGAAACAAACAGGAAAGGUGCCGAACGUAGUGGCCACGGCUGUUGUCGCCGGCCUUUAUGAAGGAAAAGCAUAUCAGUGCGCGACGUGUGGCAUUCGGUUCAGCACAUAUGAUGCUAGGAGUAGACAUUCCUCGUCGCAUGAAGAGUCCAGACGUGACCUUCUCUGGUCAACCCUGGACGAGUGGAUCAGCACUCCGCAUCUGCCGAGCGCGGUUAGGAGCGGUCAAAAGGUGAUGAUGACACUUAAAGGCAUCAGCAACGUUCUGUUAAAGGACACUUUGUCUGCGUCUCCGAACCUAAAAUGGCUUCGAGAAGCACUGUUUUGGAGGGUUGGCGUCGAGAACACUACGAAAGACGUAGAGAUGGAGUCCGACGCCCCCAUAGACAAAACCGACUGCAUAGGUGGCAGCUCCAGUGAAGAUCGGGAUGAAUCGCUGCAAUCAUUAUGGUCGUGGGGAACGAUGAAAGAUUGCCAUGGCACCCCGGCCGUAAACACCUACGGAGGGGUGGUAGGAACCAUAGGGGUCGAAUCUGACGUGCACAUUAUGCUGGAAACGUGUCAUAAGGUCAAGUUCAACAUAGCGAGGUGCAAAUCUAACGUUCCCUUCCCCGUGAACUUUGCCGAUCUGACCCGAAAAUGCUGUGUUAUCUGCCACGACGCCCUAGAAGUGAAAUUCAACGCCGCAUACAACUGUUACACAUACUGGGAUACGGCGUGUUUCAAACUUGACGGUGACUACAUCAAGAGGGCUUUCGAAGAUGAGCAAUUGUCUUGCAAAACUUUGCUUGCGACCAACGGUCUCAGCAAUAUGGAAGACCCAUUCUUGAUCCUCCGCAAGUCAGCCGCCCUUACGCUGGUGAAAUCAACUCUGACUACACGCCGCAAAAAGGGAUUGGUAGGCACGUCCGGAAGAGAAUUUGUGACAACAGGGAGUGCGGCCGUGCCGCCAGAGCGAAAGACGCUGUGGCCGGACAAUCAGCAGCUGACGGGUGAAUUAGUUCAAAAGUGGAAUGGCCCUUUUGCUGCUGCUAGUGGUGCCCCUGGUAUACCAAACAGCCUCAUGUACGCGCACAGCCACUGCAUUAAAUUCAUUCUCAAUGCGCAUAUCCGCCGCGCAAAAGUACUAAUAGAUGGAAAUCCCUGCGCACAAGAUAUCGCAUCCAUCAGUCUACUAUAA